UUCAAAGACUCAAGCGCGGACUACCCUUGUUUGAGUUAUUUCAAUUUGAUGCUUCACGCCCAGUCCCCUCAGAUAGAUAGAAAGAUAUCGAGGGAGAUCGAUGGGCACAAAGGAGAGCUGUAGGAGUGAGCUCCGAACUGCAAUUCGUCAGCUCAGCGAUCGCUGCCUCUACUCUGCCUCCAAAUGGGCAGCAGAGCAAUUGGUGGGUAUAGAGCAAGACCCGACAAAGUACACUCCAUCACACACUCGAUUCCAGCGAGGGAGUUCGAGUAUUCGCCGGAGGUUCCGGACCAGUGAGGUUACUUCGACGCCGGCGGCUGGUGUUUCCUAUGUGUCAACUCCGGUACCGGAUGAGGACAAUAAUGCUCCGGACAAUGAUUUCUACCUUCUGGCCAAGUCUUACUUCGAUUGCCGCGAGUAUAAGAGGGCUGCUCACGUGCUCCGUGAUCAGACCAGCAAGAAAGCCAUGUUCUUGCGAUGUUAUGCACUCUACUUGGCUGGAGAAAAGCGAAAAGAAGAAGAGAUGAUAGAACUUGAGGGACCCUUGGGCAAGAGUGAUGCUGUGAACUGUGAACUGGUUUCUCUUGAGAGGGAGUUGUCUACACUUCGCAAAAAUGGCACAAUUGACUCCUUUGGGCUUUAUUUGUAUGGUCUUGUUCUUAAAGAGAAAGGCAGCGAGAACCUUGCUCGUACAGUGCUUGUGGAAUCUGUAAACAGCUACCCAUGGAACUGGAAUGCUUGGUCAGAGCUGCAGUCAAUGUGCUCUACAACUGAGACGUUGAACAGUCUUAAUCUCAAUAACCAUUGGAUGAAAGACUUUUUUCUUGCUAGUAUUUACCAGGAACUAAGGAUGCAUAAUGAAUCUUUGGCAAAAUACGAAUAUCUUCAAGGAACAUUCAAUUACAGCAACUACAUCCAGGCUCAAAUUGCUAAAGCCCAGUACAGUCUGCGGGAAUUUGAACAAGUUGAGGUUAUAUUUGAAGAACUUCUAAGGAAUGACCCUUAUCGAGUUGAAGACAUGGAUAUGUACUCUAAUGUUCUCUAUGCAAAGGAGUGUUUCUCUGCCCUAAGUUAUCUUGCUCACAGGGUAUUUUUGACGGAUAAAUACAGACCCGAGUCUUGUUGCAUUAUUGGGAACUAUUACAGCUUGAAGGGGCAACAUGAGAAGUCAGUUAUGUAUUUUAGGAGGGCACUCAAAUUGAAUAAAAAAUAUUUAUCUGCUUGGACACUUAUGGGUCAUGAGUACGUUGAGAUGAAGAAUACCCCAGCUGCUGUUGAUGCAUAUAGGCGUGCUGUUGAUAUAAAUCCUUGUGAUUACCGAGCCUGGUAUGGUUUAGGGCAAGCAUAUGAAAUGAUGGGAAUGCCCUUUUAUGCACUUCAUUAUUUCAGAAAAUCAGUGUUCCUGCAGCCAAGUGAUUCUCGGUUGUGGAUUGCCAUGGCUCAGUGUUAUGAAACAGAACAGCUUCAUAUGCUUGAGGAGGCAAUCAAGUGUUACAGAAGAGCAGCAAAUUGUAAUGACAGGGAAGCAAUUGCUCUUCACCAGCUAGCAAAGCUGCAUGGUGAGAUUGGGCGUUCUGAAGAGGCAGCAUUUUACUACAAAAAGGAUUUGGAGAGGAUGGAAGCUGAAGAGAGGGAAGGGCCAAACAUGGUUGAGGCUCUUCUGUUUCUCGCCACACAUUCCAAAACCCAGAAAAGAUUUGAAGAAGCGGAGGUGUAUUGUACCCGUCUUCUUGAUUAUACCGGACCAGAGAAGGAAACAGCUAAGAGUAUACUUCGAGGCAUAAGAUUUGCACAGUCUGGUUUCCCUUCAAUGGAUGUUGAGCAUUUUCCUCCCUAAAAACUCCAUUCGGAAGUAGGAAAAGAAACUUUGAAGCAGGUACGCAUCUGGCUUAGAUGAUGAACAACUGAUAAAAUGCUUGUGAAAGGUCGAUAUAACAGCAAGCAGGUCCUGAACUUUAUUUUAGUAGAAGAUAUCAAUGUGCUUUUUCGUGGUGUUUUAUUUAUUUAAGUUUAGGAGAGGGACUGUUUUCUUAGUGUCAAAAUUUUAGGAGUUUAUAAUUUUUGAUAAUAUAAGUUUGUAGCAUGAGAAAGAUUCCUUUUCUGGAAGAUGGCACUACUGUAAGUCAAGAACUCUUGGCUGAAAGCCUGUAGAUUGUAAUUGAGCUUAACAAUGAGGCACAAUCCUGUCGUUAUUUAUUGAAACCAUCUCUGGC